AUGCGAGUUUGCAACGGGCGCUUUUCGGGUUGUUUCAUGGCAGGAGUCACCGCCAUACCCUAUCCACCAAGACAUAUUCUUUCCCAAGAAGUUUUGAGUAUUGUCGCCUUGACCUCCUCCAAGUUAGUCCUCUACUCAGAAGCAGUGCUCAAAGACCUCGAAAAACUUCUCGGACCGGGAUUGGGCCAAGCUUGGCCCACGAAACUAACUCGCUGGAAAACCACAGAUUUCGGGUCGGCCAAAAAAUCGGAAAUUUCAAGCUGGCACUCAAAGAGUAACGAUUCACUGCUGGAAAAAGGUGGCAGAGCGGACUUGGCUUACGUCGAGUUCUCGCGUUCUCCAGUGGGUGAGCUUCGAGGCAUUGCCUUGACUCAUCGCACUCUCAUGCACCAAAUGUGCACUCUUGAGUCCACCUUACUGAGCUUGCCUGAGUGUGAAGGUUCUUUGAGACGUAGCUACAAGGAAGUGACCAGAAACAGAAAGGUGUUUCUCGCUUCCUUGGACGUACGAUUCUCCAUUGGUUUAAUUAUCGGUAUCCUUUUCACGGUGUAUACCGGGAAUGUCCUUUAUUGGGCUCCACAGUCUGUGAUGGAAGUACAGGGUCUCUACGCCAACAUUGUUUCCCGCUUAAGGGCCUCAUUACUUCUUGGUGACUAUAUUGGCUUGAAGAGAGUUACCUACGAUUAUCAACAAUCACCUAAUUCAACCCGGUAUUUUUCUAAAACCCAAAAAGUCGAUUUUUCUUCAGUCAAGUGGGUGCUUGUGAAUGCCUUGACAGUAGACGGCGAGUUUAUCAAGGUUUUAUCUAAGCGAUAUUUGCGUCCUUUGGGUUGCAAACAGCCAGAUAAUGCAAUCGUACCAAUGUUGACUCUAAGUGAAUAUGGAGGUAUGGUCAUUUCUUUGCGCGACUGGCUCGGAGGCAGAGAAAAGAUGGGGAUUGACCUUGAAAACGAAAAAGAUGAUUCUUCCAGUGAACUAUCGGGUGUCCUAAUUGAUAAGGAGGCAUUGACCAGAAAUUUAUUAAAUGUGGUUGAUACAGAUCCUUCAUCUUACGACGAAAUCCCUAGUGGAACUCUUAGAGUGGAUGCAUUUGGAUUUCCAUUACCCGAUGCUACCUUGGCAGUUGUCAACCCAGAGACUGCUGCUUUAGUAAAUAAGGGCGAGCUAGGCGAAAUCUGGAUUGACAGUCCAUGCUUGUCGGGAGGUUUCUACGGUCUCAAAAAAGAGUCAAAACUGAUUUUUCAUGCUAAAUGCAGAGAUGCGAACGGGUUCCUAGAUAUGGAAUUCUUACGAACUGGUUUGCUAGGCUUCACUUUCAACGGGAAGGUAUACGUUCUCGGCUUGUACGAGGACCGAAUUCGUCAGAGGAUCAGCUGGCACGAUCAGGCUAUAUAUAAGAAGCUCAACAAGGAGCUUGUUAUCGGUAAUGGUACCAGGUAUCACUAUUCCUCACACUUAUUAGCGACGUUGGCGAGCGAAGUUCGGCAACUUUACGACUGCACCAUUUUCGAUGUGUUUAUUGGACAAGAGUACCUUCCAGUUGCUAUUGUUGAAGCAGAAGUCAUUCGUAAAGUAAUGAACGAAGCAAGUGACAGUGGAAGCAUUGAUAGUUCAAAGAAAAGUUCCAAGAGUGGGGAGUAUCUGACACAAAGUUACAGCCCAGUGCCUCUUAAUGAGCCAGUAUUGAACGCAAUUGCCCAAAAAUGUUUCGAUACGCUUUUCCGUGAACAUUACCUUCGUUUAUACUGUGUUCUCGUCGUGGAUUGCGAUACUCUUCCAAAGAUUAUGCGAAGCGGUGGACGUGAAAUUGCUAAUAUGCUUUGUAAAAAACGGUUCUUGGAAGGUUCAUUGAAAGCAGAGUUUGUCAAGUUCUUCAUGCAAAAGUCUAUCAGUAUGAUUCCUUUCGGUGAAGACAUUAUUGGUGGAAUAUGGUCGCCCUUUGAUAGUAAGCUUCGCCAGUCAUCCUUACAGCAAUUCCCUCCUCAGUGUACUAGUAUUGAUGCUAGAGAGAAGUCGUUUGAUGAAAAAACCGGCGCAAUUCUAACUGACUUCAAAUCCAUCGUGGAUGUUCUUAAGUUCAGAGUGGCCAGUUCAGGUGACUCUAUAGCUUUUCAGAGCAUCGAUAGUUCAGGUAAGGUAAGCUCGAAGCCCUUAACAUGGAAAAAACUCGAAGCCCGGAUAUAUGCUGUUUGCAGUUACUUGAUUGAAAAAGCAGCAAUCAAGCCAGGAAAGCAUGUCAUACUCAUGUACUCGUUGUCUGAAGAGUUCAUCAUUGCCGUUUACGCUUGCAUGAUGUGCGGUAUUAUUCCAAUACCUAUGCUUCCAUUCGAUACGAAUAGAAUUGGAGAAGACUUCCCUGCGUUUGUGGGUAUAGUCAAAGACUUCGAUGUCCAAGAUAUCUUAGUCAAUGAAGAAGUUGAAAAAUUUCUUAAAAAUGGACCCGUGGCUGAUGCCCUAAAAAAAAUGAACCACCAGAAGCGGUUCAAGGGUCAACGAAUAAAAAAUACUGGCAAAUUAACGAAGUUUUCGAACAUUGCAUCGUUACACUCAAAAAUUGCAAAGCACCAAGCGGCGGUCAAUUACCGUGAUACUACUACUCCAGCAUUGGUUUGGUUGAAUUUUACCUCUGACCAUUACCGGGUGGGAGCAACUUUGACCCAUAAAAAUAUUAUUGGACUAUGUAAAGUUUUCAAGGAAACCUGCAACUUGUCGUCAAGAUCGACCAUAGUUGGCUGCGUUCGUCAUGCUAGUGGUAUUGGGUUUGUACAAGCUGUACUUCUCGGUGUUUUCCUAGGUACAACAACGUACUUAUGCUCGCCGGUUAGCUUUGCAGAAAAUCCUCUUGCAUUCUUUUUGGCCAUGGCAAGAUACAAGGUGAAAGACGUAUUUGUGACCGAGCAAAUGUUGAAGUAUGCUGCUAUAAAAUUCACUCCUAAAGGUUUCGACUUAUCUCUGUUGAAGAACAUGAUGAUAAGUACGGAAGGAAGGAUAGAGAUUGAUCUUCUUCGAAAAAUCUCAAAGGUUUUUCAACCCACUAAAUUGGGUGCGGCGUCAAUGUCAACAGUGUACAACCAUGUGUUCAAUCCGAUGAUUGCUACUAGGUCCUACAUGAGUGUUGCGCCUGUGGAUUUGUUCUUAGAUCCAGUUGCACUUCGCCAAGGUUUUGUCUCGGUAGUCAACCAGGCUGAGGUUCCUAAUGCGCUACGGGUUCAAGAUUCGGGCUUAAUUCCCGUUUGCUCCCAAAUAGCUAUAGUCAAUCCUGAGACAAGAGAACUUUGUCAUGAGGGUGAAUUUGGUGAGAUUUGGGUCAACUCCGAAGCUAGUCUUGAUUCUUUCACAAAUGGGCCCAAUGGUCCCCUGGACGAAGUUACCAAGAACCAAUUCAACUGUAAGAUUGUGAACGGGGAUCCGAACAUGACCUACUUGAGAACUGGUGAUCUUGGAUUCCUUCACAAUGUUUCCAUCACCAAGAACUCUGUUGGCAAUGGCCCUGACACCGGUCCUCAGUUUCAGUCCGUGCAACCACUUUUCGUUCUUGGAAAAAUUGCCGACACUUUUGAAGUGAUGGGGCUCCAUCAUUUCCCUAUAGACAUCGAGAAUACGAUUGAAACAUGCCAUAACGAUAUCUACAGAAAUGGCUCGUGUAUUUUUAAGUGUGCCGAUUAUACUAUAGUCGUUUGUGAGUGCAAGAGAUACAGAAACCUAGCAGCUCUCGUUCCGCUAAUUGUGAACACGGUACUAAGCAAGCAUCAUCUUAUCGUUGAUAUUGUUGCUUUCAUCAAAAAAGGUGAAUUUCCAAUAUCCAGACUUGGUACCAAGCAACGUGCAAGAAUCAUCGAUGCAUGGGUACAAGGUGUGAUACCCAUCAGUGCCCUGUACGGAGUGAACUAUGGAGAAAAUGCCAUGAUUAAAAUGGUGAAGGAAGUUGACGAAGAGGCAUUGACACAUCCAAUUACUGGACUUCGUAACCCUGCAACUUCCUAUUACGAUGAAGAAUUAGGUGGUGAUGUUUUUAAUGGCACAGCAGCCAGCCUCACCUUGAACGAGAUGUAUGGAUAA